AUGGCCUCACCUUCGACCCGCGCAGGGUUUGCUGGCUCGACGGGCGGUACUUCCUCCGCCGCCAUCCUUCUGGGCAAGCAGUUCAAGCAGAUGCAGACGGACAAGGACAUACCGGGUAUCAGCUGCGGCUUAGUUGGGGACAGCGUCUUCGAGUGGGAGAUCAUGCUGAUGCUGGAUGAGGAGCAGGACAGCGGUUGCUUUCGAGCGAGGAUGACCUUCCCAUCGGAAUACCCUCACAUGCCUCCUACACUCAGCUUUUCAACACCCCUCUUCCAUCCUAACGUCUACUCUUCCGGCGAGGUCUGCAUUAGCAUUCUACAUCCACCCGAGGACGACAAGUAUGGAUACGAGUCAGCUGCGGAACGAUGGUCACCCGUGCAAACGCCCGAGACUAUCCUGCUAAGUGUGAUAAGUAUGCUGGGUAGCCCGAAUGAUGAGAGCCCGGCCAACAUCGAAGCGGGCAAGCUGUGGAGAGAAGAUCGCAAGGAGUUUCGCAAGAGGGUGAGGAAAUGCGUGAGGGAGAGCCAGGAAAGUGGGUGGGAUUGA